GGAUCGCUUCGAUUCUUGCUUUCCUGGAUCGUGAACCAAGGGGCUGUGGGGGAGGAAGGGCAGCCUAUGAUAAGUCAAUUCCGCAAGAAAGUCAAAAGGAAAAAGAAGAACCGGAAGUCGGAACAUGACCUUUGGUAGAGGUCUUACGCGGAAGUGAUAGUAUAGCACAAUCUCAGAUUAGGGGUAGCCCUUGUCGGAGCACCAAAUACUUCUUUUUAUUUUAUUUUAUAAUAAAUAGUAGAAGUAGCUGCCCUAGCUCCAUAGCCCGAGGUCCUGACUCAAGGAAAAAGACCAUAUAAAGGAAUCCCCGGUCUAUGCCAAAAAAGAAGGUAAAGCGCCCAACUCUCACAUUUCAAUUGACGUUGACGAAAGAAAAUGACUUGAUACCAGGGUUCCAUUAGUGAAAGCAGUUAGACUCGAAUAUCUACUGAUCUGUGCUUCGUCCUGCGGGGGUUCCAUUUAAAAGUAGAUGUUCCGCGAAUAGUAGCAAUUGGAGCUAGUUCCUUUUUUACUUUAUGGUUCUUUCGUGGAAGUACCGCCCGGGUGGAGCUAGACUUGAUUUCCUUGUGUGAUUGCCCCAUUUUGGCCAGGGAACACGAACUAAAGGCCUCAAUCCACCCCUUAGGCGGGAAGGCCGUAGGACGAGGGGAAUAGAUCUUCAUGCACUGGCUUUCCUGUAGCGACAAAGAGCCCUUCUUACUUACUUCUUAAAAAGGGGAGUACCAAACCACUAAGAAGAAAGUAGGAGCGGUCGUAGUUCAAUAGAUCAUCGAAUCAGGAGAUGCCCGCUUAAUCGCUCGUGCGCCAUUGAUUACUUAAAGAGAAUGUCCACCGCCUUUCGCUCCCGAUUUGGUCUUUUGACUUCCCCUUUGCCCUUUUAGAGAGAGGGGUGGAGUCUCAACUACCACAGGAGAUGCUCUAACUUUUCAAAUGAAUGGGAGCAGUCCUACACUGGGAGACCCGGCCUAUUCUUACUAACUAAACAAAGGAAGUCAAAGUCCCAAGAAGAGUCCGUUUCCUGUGUUAUGAAGAAGAAGUCCUAUCGUUACCUUCCCUCUUCACGAGGAUAUUUUAUGCGCUUUCUCUUUCUACCCCUCAACUCUCAUAGUGGUGAAAUGUUGGCUCUGUCCUUCUUCUUUUUAUUGGGUGGGUCUUACUUCCUUGCUAGUUACUACUUCCGCAGAAGGAAGUCAAUCAAGAAGGAGUUGUUUUGACACGCUAACCCCAGUGUUCUUGCUGCCAUUCCUCUACAUUGGACUCUUAAAGGACUAAAAACUCGCUCUGACUUUCAUUCUUAGACCAAGGUCUUCCCCACCCCUGAACGGGGAACAGGCAACAAUCCCCUUAUGAUUGCCAGCACUUUCAUCUUCUUAGGAUAACCCUCCGCCCCCUAAGAACAAGAAAAGACCUGCUACCCCAUCUUCCACGAAAAGAGAGUAUGAUGGACUUUUAGGAGUGAAUCACUCGCUAUCAGCAUCUUCUUCUUUAGGCUGCCUUGCCCAUUACCGCACACGCGGGGCUACGGCUCAUGAUCUUUCGUCUCAGUAUUUUCAGGCGGGUCAAUCGUCAUUCCCUAGUUCAUUUACUGGUAGCAGCUUCCAGCCAGGGAACCAGGAUUCAUUCCUGAAUCUUGGCAUCAAUCCCUUCCUUUAGGAUGAUGCUUUGUAUCGCAUGCUUGUUAUAGUUGUUUAUAGAGUGUGGAAGUCUAACUAAUUGAAAGUGCUUAUGAAUGAGUUCCAAGAAAGCGGCCGUUCACGUCAGGGUCCGAAGGAGAUCUACUUGCUUGUACUUUUUUUCAUCGGGAUUGGGUUUGUGUUCCGUGACUGUCCUUUCUCUUGUUGUUGUCGAGUGCCUGCAGCUUGACUCCACCUCCACAUAGGCUAGCCCUCCUCGCUUGCAUGCCUUGUGGAAAACUAGACUGAAAAUUUUGUAUAUAAAGAGAAGAGUCACACUCUUUAAAAGUCCUUAUUAAAGAAGAGAAGAUAGGCUUCAAUCUUUUAGUCGGAGAUAUCAAUUCAACUACUUGAAUAAAUGAUACUUUAUUAAAUGAAGAGAUUUAGUGAAUGUUCAUUCUUUCAUUUUCUUUGGUCUUUUUUCCCAUGCUUUCCGUUGGUCAACAACCAACUAUUUCCGUCUUCCUGGGAUAGGUUGAAGAAGUCUCUCUUUUUUUUUUGUGGGGGAGCAGUCAAAAAAGAAACAAAAAAAAAAAUGAUUCUUCUAGAAUACUUAUUCCUCACAAUGGCUCCUGUGGAGACAUUACAAUGGCAAUUAGGAUCUCAGGACAUGCCAAUGAUAAUACAAUUACCUCACGAGGUAAAAUGUAUUUGUCUUUCUUUGGUUCUCUCUUUCAUUAUGCCUUCCUGUCUUACUUUAUGGAACUGGAGGUUCUACUAUUUUGCGAACCCCCAUGGAACUACUAUCGAGCUUCUUGGAACCAGAUUUACUCGUAUUUUUCUGGUGCUGAUGCUAAUACUUCAUUCCCAUGAAAUAGCUCACUGCGCCGGGGAACUCAAUCUGGAUCUCACUUUGGGGGGACCCCAUAGUGAAGCUCCCUCAGCCGCAUUUUCUGGGCCGCAACGAGAGGAAAUUCUCACCAAUCAUCGAUAGAUUCCUAUCGCGGGAGAUAGAAGCCGUCUUGGGGCAUUGCCCGAAUGAAUGGCUUUUUAAGUAUCCCGGUUCGGAGUUGAACUAUUCUCCCGAGCAUAUUGUAAGCUAUCAAAACUAUUUUUCCGAAGCGCAAUGGCUCUCUCUUCACGAGCGAGCUGUAGCGCACUAUGAUAAGAAAUGUGAAAUUCUCAAUCUUCUACGAUCUCUCGACCCCCGCCUUCAAUUAGAAAACUCGCGGCGGGAACGCGAAUUACUUGUUAAUAUUAUUGGAGGUGGAGAGCAUGAUCUCGAAAGUCUUAUACGUAUCGUAAGAGAUUUACGGUCGUUAGGAACACGCAGCUAUUGGUUUCAAAUUUUAAACAGAAUCUUUUUAAAUAGAUUCUAAUUUUUUGUCAUUUAAACAACUAUCUUUUUUGAAGCAGAUAGCUCAUAGAGCUUAUUCUAUAGAUACUGAUAAAGCCAACUCAUGUUUCCACUCUAUUUUCAUUACGAAGAUGUAUCACGUCAGGAUCUGUUGCUCAAACCGAAUCACGCCAACGUUAUGGAAGUUCCUGGAUCGUGUGAAAUAAGAAUAGUAGCAAAGGCAUCCUCCCCCUAUGAUUUCAUAAUCAAAAAUGGAAAAUUGGCUAUGGAGAUUCUGCGCGGUCAGAAAUUCAUACGGACAGAAAGGGGUUCGACAGGAAAGUCGUUUCAAUCCAAUCCAUUCUUGGAGUCAAAUAAAGACAAAAGAUAUGUCAGUGACCUAGCACGACAAAGCACUCUCCGAGGGCAUGGAAUGUCUAAUUUUUUGGUCAGAAUCUCGACAGUAAUGUCUCUGUUAGAUUCUCGGGUCGAAAUACGGGAAAACUCCAUUCAAUUCUCGAUGGAAACGGAGUUUUGCGAAUUCUCCCCGGAACUGGAAGAUCAUUUCGAGAUCUUCGAACAUAUUCGAAGGUUCAAUGUGACUAUUGUCACUUCGGCCAACACACAAGAUGAGACUUUACCACUGUGGAGCGGCUUUUUGCAAAAAGAUGGGGGGGAAACUCAGUAAGAUGUCGGAGAAGCGAAAUAUACGAGAUCACAAACGUAGAUUGCUCGCGUCUAAAUAUGAAUUGAGACGAAA